CUGUGUUUUUUUCUCCUGAUAGGGGAGGGUCGCGUCACGCCCACCGCCAGACUGACUGGCACGCGGAGGACUACAAAUAAACCCGAGAUAACGUCGGGGUGAGACACAAUUUUCUCGCCUGGGCUGGAGAUUCACUGAAAACACAGUUUAGUCCAAGAAUACAGCAGCAACUAUGGCUCAAGCUCUGGACAUUGAACGUUGGAACUUGGAGUGUGAGUACAACAACAUGGACCAUCGUACUGAUCUCAACGGUACAGAUCGUCUGAUCGUGAGGAGAGGCCAGCCAUUCAGCAUCAGCCUGUACCUUCGCUCCGGAACCUAUCAACCAGGACUCAGCUCUCUUGAGUGUGUUGCAGAAACAGGUCCUCAACCCUCUGAGCAGUAUGGCACUAGAGCCUCCUUUGGUCUGUCUGCCAACAUUGACACUUCUCGUUGGAGCGCCGCUGUCACCAGCCCUCCUGGGGAUAUGGUGGCCCUGUCAAUCUGCUCUGCCCCUGACGCACCAAUAGGCCGCUACACCAUGACCCUGGGGCGAUCGGGGCGGAUUGAGUUCAUCCUGCUCUUUAACCCGUGGUGCCCAGGCGAUUCUGUAUACAUGGACAACCAGCAAAGUUUGGCAGAAUAUGUGUUGUCUCAGGAUGGUAUCAUCUUUCAAGGCAGCCAUGGACAUCCCAUACCCACUCCCUGGAACUUUGGCCAGUUUGAAAGUGGAAUCCUUGAUAUCUGUCUGAGGGUUCUGGAUAUGAAUCCUAGAUGUCUGAAUAAUCCUGGCAAAGACUGCUCAGGACGGAGAAAUCCCAUCUAUGUGUCCAGAGUGCUGAGUGCUAUGGUGAAUUGCAAUGAUGACAGAGGGGUGUUGCUGGGAAAAUGGACAGAUGGUUAUGAAGGAGGUGUGAGCCCCAUGUUCUGGAGGGGCAGUGUGGAGAUCCUGCGCAACUGGAGCACACAAGCCUGUCAGCCUGUGCGCUACGGACAGUGCUGGGUGUUUGCUGCAGUGGCCUGCUCAAUUUCCAGAGCACUUGGCAUUCCCUGCCGAGUCGUCACCAACUACCUGUCGGCCCACGACACCAACAGCAACCUGGUGAUUGAAACCUACAUCGAUGAAAAUGGAGACCUCAUUCGGUCCAGAGAAAUGAUCUGGAAUUAUCACUGCUGGGUGGAGAGCUGGAUGACCAGGCCUGACCUUAAACCUGAUUUCAAUGGCUGGCAGGCCAGUGACCCUACACCUCAGGAGAAAAGUGAAGGAGUGUACUGCUGCGGCCCUGUCCCUGUCAGGGCAAUCAAGGAGGGCGAGCUCACAUUCAAGUACGACGCCCCAUUUGUCUUUGCUGAGGUCAACGCUGAUGUCACCAGCUUCAUGAAGAAAAAAGAUGGCAGCAUAUCAAAAGUCACUUACACUACAACUGUAGGCCAAAAGAUCAGCACAAAGAGUGUGGGCAGCGAUGCCAGAGAGGACAUCACUCAUCUCUACAAGUAUCCUGAAGGUUCCGAUGAAGAGCGGGAAGCUUUCAGGAAGGCCAACCACCAGAACAAGCUGCUCCAGCAGCAGCAGAAUCAAGGCCUACACGUCGCCAUCAAGGUGACGUCAGACAUGAAGAAGGGCUGCGACUUUGAUGUGUACGCUGUGGUGACCAACAACACGCAGAGCGAGAAGAAGUGCCGCCUGGUGUUUGGAUCCUGCGCUGUGUCCUACAAUGGAUUUCUGGGAGGGAACUGUGGCUUUAAGGAUCUGCUCAAUGUUGAACUCUCACCAGGAGGGGAGAGGCGGGUUCCACUGAGGUUGAACUACUCAAAGUAUGGUGGCCUAAUUACUGAGGACAACUUGAUCCGUCUGGCAGUGCUGUUGCUGGACUACAGCACCAAAGAGACGAUACUGACAGUGAGAAACAUUGUGCUGGAGAAUCCUGAAAUCAAAGUCAGAAUCCUGGGUGAACCAAAGGAGAACCGCAAACUGGCUGCAGAGAUCACUCUUCAAAACCCGCUGCCAGAGCCGCUGGAGAACUGCUGCUUCAGUAUCGAGGGGGCCAACCUCACCGGAGGAUGCGUCAUCUCUGAAAAGCUGGGCUCCCCAGUUGGACCAGGGGAAGAUGCCAAGGUGAAAAUUUACUUCACUCCCACCCAUUUCGGGCUGAGGAAGCUGGUGGUCGACUUCGACAGCAACAAGCUGUGUCAUGUCAAGGGCUACAGAAAUGUCAUAAUCGGGAAAUAAAAGUUUCCACCUUUCACUGUCCAUUAGACAGCAGCAUUCUUACUCUUCUUAUUAUAGCAGUUUUCAGCCAUUUAAAGACUCACAAAGCACCCUCUUUGCACAGUUUUAAUACAUAAAAUGUUUUCUAUUCAAAUACUUAAGAAUCUCACUGUAUGUUGCUGAUUGCUACAUGUAUAUCUAUCUCUUAUUCAAUGCAAUACAUUUAACUGUGACUUGAAUACGUUUUGUACUCAGUAAGGCUAAUCAAAUGUUUUAGAUAGGAUCUGAACUAUUUCUUCACACAUUUUGAUGAGUGGUUUCUAAGUACCAUGUACUAUUUUUAUACCUUGUAAGCGCUACAAAUAAAAGAUAUGUUACACA